AAUGAAAAGGAGUAAAGCCAUGCUGCCACUGAGCUCUGUUAAAAGAAGAUGUAGGCCUACCUCCUGCUGGCUGAUGUGAGCUAUUACCUCGCUGGAUCUGCAUCACCAGCAGCGCUUUCACCUGAUUUUCCAAAUUAUUUACAGCUAUCAAAGUCAUGGCUUUGAGCAACCUGAGUCUGCUGCGGCCGCUCCUGUGUCGCUCCGUGGUCCGGCAUGUCCGGGCUCCCCUCGCCGUCUCCUCCAGAGUCCACGUCCGUCCACUCCUCUGCCCCGACGCCACCCGCUGCCCUCCCGCUGCUGCGUGCACCAGGCUGUACGCCACCAAGAAGGCUAAAGCCAAGGCAAAGGGCCAGUCAGGAAAGGUGAAUAUUAAUGCCGCUCUGGUGGAAGACAUCAUCAGUCUGGAUGAGGUGAAGCAGGACAUGGCCGCCGUCCUCAGCGCGCUCAAAGACGAAUUCACACGCAACCUCAGCAUCAGGACUUCGCCAGGAGCUCUGGAUCACAUCGUGGUGACAACUAAAGACGGGAAGUUCCCUCUCAACCAGCUGGGUCAGAUCUCCAUGAAGUCGCCCCUGUUCAUUCUGGUCAACAUGAGCGGCUUCCCCGAGGCAACAGCGGCGGCUGCCCGUGCCCUGAGAGAGAGCAGCAUGAACCUCAACCCAGAGGUGGACGGGACAAUCAUCAAGGUGCCUGUUCCCAAAGUGACGCGGGAGCACAGAGAGAGCCUUGCCAAGCUGGCCAAGCAGUUCAGCAACAAGGCCAAAGAGACGCUGAGGAAGGUGCGCUCCAGUGCCGUCACGCAGGUGAAAAAGGCCAAGGAGGGACACUCGGAGGACACGAUAAGACUCAUCGAAAAACAGAUUCAGCAGAUGGCAGACAGCAGCGCCGUGGACAUCGACAAACUCCUUGCAGCGAAGACGAAGGAGUUGUUAGGAUGACUGGGACGAUUACGAGAAACACACAAGGUCCUGUAUUUAAUUCGUAUCGGCGACACACACACACACACACACACACACACACACACACACACACAUCGGAAGCUUUUAACAUGUCGAUAAUGGACUGGAUCAUGAAGUUCGAGUCACACAAAGAAAAACACAUCGUUUCCUGCAGAACGCAGGCUCUCUGCCUCUUAUCUCUACUGAAGAUCUGGUGUAUUCCUGCAAAAGAGCGUCCGCAGAAACUGGCACGGAAACAACAGCGACAGAUCGCCCGUCACCUCCAUCUCUCCUUGUUACGCCUCCCGUCUUCAAACAAACACCACGCAUGGGACGAAUGGACUUUUAAUGGGAUUUGUGGGCCUCCUCCUAAUCAAACUUCUUGCCACAGGAGCUGUCUGUUUAUAUAACGCGAGCGCACCCGUCCCAAUGUAAACUGGCUGCGGGUUUUUCUUGGUGGCGAGAGUUUGUUCCAGAUCCGUGGGAGCCCGGCCCAGCAGACGCUGUUUGCAUGUUGCCAAACAUUUGUUUCGCAUUGAUUCCCCAGUCUGUUAAAAAUGCACUUGAAGCGGGAAACAAAAAAAAAAAAAAAAAAAGACCUUUAAUUUGUGUCCAUGUAGAGGA